AUGACAGGGAUACCAUUUUUCAUUGCCCUCUCAAAACCAGCAGGUGCAAAUUCCAUAGAAGAAGCACUGCUAGAGGGUUUUGAAGAGAGGGUUAAAGGAAGAGGGGUUGUUUAUGGUAGCUGGGUGCAACAGACUCAGUUUCCCGGUUACCUUUCUAUUGGGUGUUUUGUAAGUCAUUGUAGUUUUGGAUCCAUGUGGGAGUCUUUGUUAAGUGACAACCAAAUCGUGCUUAUGCCAAGACUUGCCGACCAAAUCUUGAACACACGGUUGCUGGCGGUGGAAGUGGGGCCUACGACGACAAUGGACGGUUUAUUUCCAAGUUAG